GCCAGUAUCAGUAGCGCGACUGGCUUCGCGCCUUUCGAGUUGAACUACGGAUACAUGCCGUCGAUGAUUCAGGAGUUGCGAGAGGCGCAAGCAGCACCUAAAGGGUUGCGCGAAUUUGCCCUGACGGCGUUGCAGAACAUUGCGGACGCGCACGACGCGAUCAUUGAAGCUCGUGUUUUCCAGAAACACUAUGCUGAUGUGCGCCGGCGAGAGGAACCAUCCAUUGGCGAGGGCAGCUUUGUGUACUUAUCCACAUAG